AUGCGACAAUAUCUUCGUUUAUUUACAUUAUUCGGUUUGCUGAUUUUCAUCAUCGGAAGUCCAUUGAAUAAGAAAACACCAACCGAUUAUUACGCGAAACUUCAUAAGUUGCUCGCAACGUCGGAUCGAUGUGAUUCAACUAGUCAAUGUGCAUUCGAAGGUACUGGACAUGAUCCUUGUGGUGGUUCAUCUGGUCAAGUUGUUUAUUCAACUGUUGAUGCUAAAAAGGUUCGAAAAAUAAAAUGGUUCGCUAAGCAAACAAGACUUAUCGAAGAAAAGCGGAAUGAAGAAGAUAAAAAAAAUGGUGUUGUGCAAAUAUGUAGUGCAAGGAUGGCAAUGGUACCCAUUUGCAAAGAUAAAAAUGCUCUGCAAUACCAUAUGAUCCUUGGGGAUAAUCGAAUUUCGACAACAAUUGAUGAAAGAUUCUCACAUAUUUUACACUCGAACCUGCACCUUCAAAAACAUCAUUUUUUUAGUUUAGACUCUCCGAUAUAUGAAAAUAUCUGA